AUGUCGAAGCACAAUUUUCCAUAUGAAUUUCAUGAUGUGGAUGAAAAUUUGUCCAAGGAGCUAAUGGAGAGUCUAAAAGUUUAUAUGCUUGGUGACUAUAAUGCUCAUCCCGGUGAGUCUUUUUGGCAUGAACUCUCAGUCUUCUGCUCGGAGCAAAAUUGGGUGUGUGCGGACACGGAAAUAAUGGGUGCAGAGUCGGGUUGCUGCACUUACAUUAUUGAGGCGCACGGAUAUGAGCGCUGGCUGGAUCACUGCAUUGUCACUCAAGCUGCUUACAGAGUACAAGAAGGUUUUGUUCAAGUUGGCCCAAAAAAGUACUUCUUUCCAUCACGAUACAAACGAGAAGCUGAACUGUUCUACAGUCUACCUCUGAAAGCCGAUGACAUCUGGGUCGUCUCCUUUCCGAGAUCAGGUAAACCAGGAGGAUGGAAAGAUAAAUUUGAUGACGACCUAAAGAAAGAAGCUCAGGAAUGGAUGGAAGCUAAUUUGAAAGGAACAGAUAUUAGAUUUUCGGAAAAAUCCGAUUCUUGA